UGACAGGGAUGGGAUGGGCUUUAUAGAUGGGCUUUGUGGUCUCUUCCCACCCAAACCGUGCUGGGAUUCCACGUGAAGUCCUUUGCUGCAGUUGGAGCCUCUCAAGCUCUCACUUUGAGAAGCUGUUGGGAAGGUCCUGAUGGCAAACCUGAUUCCAGCUCGUUUCUCUCUCCUCCCAGGAGCUGUCCCGAGCCCUGCAGAGCUGCUGCAGAGCAGAGCAGCCACCCCUGGCUGGCAGUGACGUCCCACAAAGACAUUUUGAGCCUCUGCACUUCCUGACCUGGGCUGAUUUCACGUGUCUGGGUCUGCCUUGGCUGAUCUGGAAACAGUGAGUCCCCCAGCCCUGCUCGGGUCGGUGGAAAUUCUGGGAAAAACAAUCUUCUUUCUAGAAAAGCCUCCGUGUCCUUUCCUGCCACAGCCACGCCAGUCUGAUGUGGUGGAGAGGAGCAGCAGGAGGAGGAACGCGAGGAUGAGGCUGGAGCAGUGCCUGCCCCUCCUGGGGCUCCUGCUGUGUGCAGUUGGCACCACAUCUCAGGAGGGUGAAGAACUGGAGGGGGAAUUCCUGGUGGAGAUUUCUGGCACCACGGUGACCAUCACGUGUCCCCUGGAGGACGAGGACAUCCGGUGGGACCUGUUUGGGAAAACCCAGGACACCAGGGAGAGGAAGUUCAUUAUAAAGGACCAUGACAGCACUCCUGCCAACCUCAGCUGCUCCUCGGGCACCAAGGAGCAUCAGCUGUACCUGAACGCCAAAGUGUGUGCCACCUGUGAGGAGCUGGACGCCCUGACCGUGGCAGGGAUCAUCACUGCAGACCUCCUCAUCACCCUGGGCGUGCUGAUCCUGGUCUAUUACUUCAGCAAAAGCAGGAAGGGACGAGCCAGCGCUGCUGGGGACAGUCGGCCACGAGGUCAGAGGAUGCAGCGGCCUCCCCCUGUUCCCAACCCGGACUACGAGCCCAUCCGCAAGGGCCAGCGGGAGGUGUACGCAGGCCUGGCACCCAGGGGCAUCUGAACCUCCGUGAUGGCAGCCUGGCACCAGCAGCUCUGCCCAGCCCGUCCCCAGCUCCCUGCAGCUCUGCUGGGCCUCUGGCAUUCUGGGCUCAGCCCGGUGGCCACAGGACAGGGAUGUGCUGUCCCACCCCGGCGUGUGCUUGCGUGUGCCAGCCCGGAGCAGAAAUGAGCACAUUGGCAAGAGAUUUCCUUCCCAUUAAAGGACUGCAGCCUCACUGGGCGUUCCUGGUCUCCUUCUCCCCUCACACUUCUCUCUGCCCCUGCUGCUUUUCCCCCAGGUUUAAUUUCUGCCCUCAGUGCCCCCACUCGCUUUUGGUGUUUCUUGGGCCGAGAAUGGAUCCUCCUCAGGGGGAUUUCCUCCUGCUGCUUUUCCCCUGGGUUUAAUUUCUGCCCUGAGUGUUUCCACUUGCUUCUGGUGCUCCCUGGGCCGAGAGUGGAUCCUUCUUAUGGGGAUUUGCUCCUGCUGCUUUUCCCUCAGGUUUUUCUAGCCUGUGUGCCCCGACUUGCUUUUGGUGCUCCCUGG